UAACCAACUCAAACCUACCAAACAUGGACACCGCCACCAACAACAACCAUCUUCGAUUCCAGGAUGCUGAUGAAGUUAUCGAAGAUGCUGCUGAAACCUCCAACCUUGACCAAUCCAUGGGUGGUUGCGAACUUGAUGAUUCAAAUGACAAAACCAGCGCUAAUUACUACUUUGAUUCUUACUCUCACUUUGGAAUUCAUGAAGAAAUGUUAAAGGACACUGUUAGAACCAAGACAUAUCAAAAUGUUAUUUAUCAGAAUAGGUUUUUAUUCAAGAAUAAAGUAGUUCUUGAUGUUGGUGCCGGAACUGGGAUUUUGUCACUAUUCUGUGCCAAAGCAGGUGCAGAACAUGUCUAUGCCGUUGAAUGCUCUGAUAUGGCUGACAUGGCAAAGCAGAUAGUCGAAACUAAAGGUUACUCUAAAGUUAUAACUGUUUUGAAAGGGAAGAUUGAAGAGCUUGAACUUCCUGUUCCUAAAGUUGAUAUAAUCAUUUCCGAAUGGAUGGGAUAUUGCUUGUGGUUUGAGAAUAUGUUAAAUUCUGUGCUCUAUGCACGUGAUAAAUGGCUUGUGGAUGAUGGCGUUGUGCUACCUGAUAUAACAACCCUCCAUUUUACUGCAAUGAAGAUAAAGCAUAAUUGA